AAGCUAUGUCAAUGAGGUCUUAUCUUUUUCGGAAUUAAUAGCUCUCUAACGGCAGAUGUUCGUCUUUUUUCUGUUUCAGAACUGGGUGUAGAAUGAACUCAACCCUCGUUGAAACGGUCUCCAUUAACUAUGAAGAUUUUAAUGAAAGCUUUCUCACCUGCGGCACCUGCCUGUGCAUGUACGAUGGCAGCGAGCACACGCCGAAGUUGCUGCCGUGCUCUCACACGGUUUGCCUGCACUGUUUGACGCGGAUCGCCGCCUCACAGACGAGGGACACAGGGACGUUCAGGUGUCCGAUAUGUCGCGAACUCAUCACCAUCCCUCGCGGGGGCGUCGCCGCCCUCCCACCCUCCUUCUUAGUCAACCAGCUACUCGACCUCAUGUCACGCCAGCGGAGGGAUGUCAUACCCAAGUGCUCCACGCAUAAUAAUCAGGAGCUGUUGUUCUGUGAAACUUGUGAUACCGUAUUCUGCACAAUAUGCACAGGUGGGAGUCACAACCCAUCCUUGACAACAAACGUCGAUUCAGCGAGUACAUCCAACUGCGAGCACACCAUAAUCCCCUUCAGCAUAGCCAUCAAACGAAUCUCAGAGAUCCUCCUAUACAAAGCAAAUCAGUGUAUCUCAAAGCUGACAGAAGCUCAAGAAAAUGUGAACAGUGAACUGCAAAGAUUAGACUGUGCCACACAAAAAUGUCUAGCAUCCUUAGAUGAAGCGUUCAAUGACAUUUCGACAUUGCUUGAAAGGCGGAAGAUGGAGCUCGCAUCAGCGAUAAGUGUUGCAAGUGAAACAAAACGCAAAGUACUCGAUGAACAAAUGUUUUUAAUUCAAGCGGAAAAAGAGAAAGUGGAGAAAGAGUGCGAAGGGCUCCAGUAUCAAGUAGAGGUUCGGAACAUUACGCAGCGAAUUUCCAGUUUAAGCACAAAACUGGAUAGCGUGAGUGCAUUACGCGAACCUCGGGAAAACGCUUUCUUAAGUUGUGAUCUUGCAAGUGAGGCAACGCUUCAGCGCCUGGAUGCUGUUCUUGCUUCUGUUGGUCGCGUACGAACAACAACCACUUUUCCUAGUCUUUCAACAAUACAAAUUAAAGAAAAAUGUUCUGUAAAUUUAGAAGCAACGGCUUUUAUCUCAACUGUAGACUAUCAUGGUAACACAAGAUCAACUGGAGGUGAUCCAAUCACUGUUGAAUUAUUGAGAGCCGAUCAGUCGGACGUUUCUUGUCAGCUGGUGCCAACAAACAUGGAAGCAAGAGUCAUCGAUUUGGAGGAUGGAACUUACCAUGUCAAGUUCAGGCCCACAGCACCUGGAAGGUAUGCCUUGAAGGCUAGUGUCCUUGAUAGGCAAAUAAGAGACAGUCCACUCUUUAUUGAUGUCUGCCCUCAUAACAACCCAGUUCGAUUGUAUGGAUGUCGAGGGUCUGGCAAGGAUGAGUUCCUCCAACCUGUUGCUGCCGCUAUUGAUAGUUACACGGGAAUGAUGUACAUCCUAGACACUGGAAACUCGCGCAUCAAAGUCUUGUCACCUGACUUAAGGUUUAUUUGUCACCUGGAAAACGAAGCUCUUUCUGAUCGGUCUUGCACCGGCAUAGCUGUGUCAAGUUACAUUGGUGAAACUUCAGACAAAAUAGACAACAUCCCAUGGUUGGCAGUUGUCAAUUGGAGGUCUAAAAUGAUAACGAGAUUGAACAGAGAGGGUGAAGUUGUUGCUAGUUUCAGCCAUCCAUCCUUCCAAGAACCAACAGAUUUGGCGAUUGAUCCAUCCUACGGUCAUAUUUUAGUAGCAGACAAUGGACCCUGCUGUAUUUUUGUUUUUGAUACUAAUGGCAAACUACUGUUUCAGGUUGGCAAGAAAGGGAACCAGCCAGGUUGUUUCAAUUUGAUCUCAUCUGUGACUGUUGGACCAGGCGGUGAAAUCAUCGUAGCAGAUUCUCGGAUUCAAGUCUUCUCUGCCAAAGGAGACUUCCUUCAAGAAAUCUAUGCGGAAGGUAAAGGUAACGGCCGCUAUGGAGGCGUGGCAGUCGAUUCUGAUGGAAUCAUUGUAGCAUCGCGGACAGAAAAAACAAAACAUUUUAUUCAAGUCUUCAAAAUGUCAGAUGGUACUCUAUUGAAUACGAUCGACUCCCAUGAUUCUCGGCUGAAAAGGCCCUGCGGUCUUGCAACCACGUGUGAUAAGCAUGUUAUUGUGGUUGAUCUAGGCAAUGAUUGUAUAAAAAAGUAUCGUUACUGGUAAUUUGAACGAGAAAUUAUUCUUACAUUUUGAUUUCUGUUGUUUUAUUGUAUGCCCGUAAGAAGUCUGGAUUUCUAUUAGCAUAUUGUUGAUGUAAGCUGUUUUUCAUUUUGUGAAAUUAUGAAACAUUCAGGUGUUGCUGGCCAAUCAAAAGCUCUGCCUCAUAACAUAAAUGUGAUGACAUAAUUAUAUGUCUUGUCUCUUUUCUAUGAGAUUGUGACUAUUUCAUAAGUUGAAGAAGAGAUGGUCAGAAUUCUCUGGUCAAAUUCAUUUUGUCAAACUGUACAUUCAAGCCAGCAAGUAGAAAUUGAUCACAAUUUUCUGUAACAACAAUUUAGUAUUUUCCAGUGCACUUAGAUUAAUUAUAAUUGUACUAGCGUCGAUUAUCAAGAGUGGCAGUUUAUCUAAGGCACAUUUGAACCCUUCACUGCAUGGAAAAGGUUCAGAUUGUUGCCAUAUGCUCAUCAAUAGAUAAAGUUUUUUUCUUCAUAAAAGCUCUGUUUUGAUUUAAUCUUAGAUCAAUAAUUUACACUGUUCUUGAAAGGCUUUCUAUGAAUGUAAUUACAUGAAUAAUUUUCUCCUAUAUCAUGAACAGAGCAUAUGUUAUCUUACAACCAAUUUCAAGAUUUCGGAUUUGUCGGAAAAAUAGAACCACACUCCAUUUAAAAAAAACAUUCAUGGAACGUAUCUUCAGUAUCAGCUUUUUUCGCAUGUUAAUUUAUUUCACCCAAAGAUUUAAAAAAUUUUAGUUGAGAGUGAGAGGCCCUCAAGUGCGAACUUUUGCACUCGAAUUAUUUUUUUCUUUGGCAUUGUUGCCACCGUUGCCAUUGUUGCUUACCUUAAAUAACACAAAGACAUACAAAAAAAAAACAGACAAAAGACACAUUUUUUCUUUAAUUUCUUAAAAUUAAAAAUAUUCACCCCCAAAUAAUUGACGCUGUGUCCUUGUGACCAACUAUCAGGCACACAAUCAAUUUAUUUGUAUUCUUUUUAAAUAGUUUAUUUUUAUUUUUAUACCUACAAGAAUUUUGUUUCCUUUUUUUCCUUUUGUUAGUCUUGAAUUUUUCACAUAGAUCAAAUAAAAGCUGUCUACCAUUCAAGGUAUAUCCAUGGUGAAAGCAUGAAAUUGAAGUGGAUUUUACUCGUUUAGCUAAAAUUCUUAAUUAAGCUCUGUUUCCCGACUAAACUGAUUAACAUUUACAAUAAUUUCCACCAAAUGAUUUUGAUUUAAAGCCAAAACAAGAGAAACCAAAGAAUCACAUUGGUGUAACUCAAGUCGCGGUACAUAGUAUCCUCUCAAUUUUUGCCUUGAGGGUAGUUUUUAUGAGUGGAAAUUUCUAAGAUUUUACAAGGUAAAGCUUGCACCUCGCCUUACUGAAUCUGAUUUUGACCGGGGAAAGAGUUCAAAUGUAGAAUUCUAGCAAAAUUGCUUCAAUCAACUUCUAUUUUAUGUGCACACAGUGUGAUUUGAAUUGUUUGUUCUCUUCCUUAAAACUCUAUUUUUGUGAAAAUAGGGGAAAAUUUAAUGAUUUUGUUGCAUUUUUUGCUGAUUAUUCGUAUUAUUUCUCAGCUGUACUUCUUCUUCUAUUUUCUUUUUCACUUUUUAUUUUAUUUUUUUUUUUUUUUUUUGUGGUCACUUAUUCUAAGUUCCUAGCUCAAAACAAUGCUAGUGUCAUUUGAUGUACUGCUUUUUUAAUUAUUUUUUCCUUGUAAAUUGGAGAUGAGUUUUAAAAAUAGUGAGUACUUGGUCCCAAGUUGUUUUCUUAUCUUUUCUACCUCUGCUCGAUCCUCUGCAAUUAAAUCCGCCGCUUGGUCAAUGGAUUUUUGUAUCUAUAAAAGAUCAGGAAAAUUUUGAAACUCAUCUCUCAGUUAUUAUAAUUAAAGACUUAACAUGUGAAUUACUUUCAGUGAUCGAAGUACUUAAUUUUUUUUUAUUUCAAAUCAUUUUGUUUUUACCGUAAAGCAUAUUUGCAAAUUCAUGUCAUUUAGCCAGUUGGCCUCUAAGUAGCAUUAGUCUUAUUUUCUUUUUAGAUUCGUGACAGAUCCUCUAAUUUGAUAAUGUCCGAUUAUUGAAAUUGAUAGACACGGUGAUGUACAAAGAGGAAGUUCAUUUUAACUUUGCUCCAUUUCAAGAAAUCCAAUCCUUUGAUUCUAGAGGUUUUCGCAAACUGAAGGAAAAAAUGAUCGACCAAUCAUAGGGUCUCUCAUGGGUCGCUGUCAGUUAGUCUAUCACUUACCUCUUUUGUCCAUUGCAAAUAAUAAGAUCACUACAUUUCUCUUUGUCUUCUUGUCCAUAACUUUGUCCAUCAAUUCCAAUAAUUAGCCCAUAUCCUGUUUAAUAUCCAUGCCAGUUAAUGGAAAUAUGUGUCAGAAGGACAAAAGUAUUUUUAACUCGCUUGAUUUAUGUCUCUUAAAAUUUUUACUGAAUGAUAAUCCUUCCACUCUUCAAUUUAACGUAUCAUUCUCAAAUUUAACGUAUAGUUGAAUAAACCAAAUAUUAAUAAUAUAUUAUCCUUAUCAUAUAUUAUUAUGCGCAGUUAUCAAAAGAUAAUCUAAUAAUACCGAAGUUGAAACUCCGCACACCACUGCUUGCAAACUUUCUACUAGGCUUCAUUUUAUUUUUGCAUUUGAUAUUAUUUCUGCCUCUUCUGUAAAUCCUCUUCUUUUUGCACAUUGAUAGACUGUUACGUUUUAAGUUAAUAUGCAUGAAAACAAGCUCAAAAAUUAUUUUGGACAAACUAAAUGCAUGGAAAUUUUCUUUUCAUUUGUUUGCAUCCUUGUCUGCCUUUAAUUUUAGUGAGCAAGCUGUCCAACUUGGAAAUAUCUUUCUGAAAUUAGUUUACAAAUCGUCUAAUUAGCUAAUUUUUUCAGUUAUAAUGCUCAUCUCUUUUUUUCAUUGGUAUUUAAGCAGCCAUGUGCCAUUCUAGAGAAUUUUAUUCUCAUUAACGAUCACCUGCCUCUGAAGAUUUUGCACAAACGGACUAUCAUUUUAUACUUUUAAAGUCUGUUGUAUACAUUGCACGAAAUGAUGAGAAUUGUCACUGAAACUUUAACCGGUCUGUUUUGAACUGAAUGCUUAUCCCUAUUUGUGCCCCCCUCCCUUUUUUUUUGCUCAGUCAAUUUUUCAAGCGGCAUGAUCUGUUAUUUAUUAUUUUUUUUUUUUGCUGUUUAUUUCCCCUCUUCAUGUAAUUGAUCUCUCCUCUAGUUUUUUGUUUGUCUGUCAGUAAUUAAUUUUGUACACCUUCUGCUCUUAACAUUGGAAUUAUUAAACCCAUUCAGUUUUUCACCUGAAUUUUUUUUGUAUGCAUUUAUUUAUGUACUUUAUUUUGUCGAGAAUGGAAUCAAGUAUAGUUCAUCUCUCUUAAAUCAUCCUAACAAUCCAAUUUAUUCACUUCAAUGUUUUUGCUAUAUUUUUUUUCUUCCAUUCUCUAAAAACAAUGAGCAUGUUGAAAAGAGUAACCACAGGGCAGACAUUUCCAUUCAUAAUAUGAAAGUAUGGGAUGAACUGUGUAACUUUCAUUUGGUUAAAACUUUUGAUAUUUAACAGUUUCGUGUCGGAAAACUUUCUCCCCCUGUUUGUUCCCUCCAAACAGUAUGGAGCUUUUGCAGUCUUGUGUUCGUUUCAAUCGAGUGUAAUUAUCCUUAGUUUGAACAUCCGUCAACUCAUGUAAAUUCAUUACAGUUACCAAUGCUAAUUUCCUUUUCCCUUGCUGUUCUUGACUCGUAACAUAUUGUGUGUCAUAGAUGUGUAUUUGUUAUGUUACAGUAUGGUGUAACUUAAGGUUAUCUGUAUUUUUUUCUUAUAAAAUUUUUUUAUUUUCUUACCUUCUAUCUAGUCAUUUAGACGAAGUUCAUGUAUUUGAGUCAGUUUACUAUAUUGUAAAGUAAGCACUUGUCUUUUUUGUCAUUUAUUCUAAGUGGAAUCGCAUUUUAGGUACCUACUUGUUUACUUUUGAAUAAAGAUUUACUUUUUUGUCUCGCA